AUGGACGAAGUGGAUUCCGCUACUUGCGUUCGCCUCCGUCUCGUCACGUUUGCUGUAUUUACAACUACAGGGGACUCGAAUGGAGAAGCUUUCACACGCAGAGUUUAUGUUAUUGCUUUUGACUCCAUUCUUGCUGCCAAUUACGAGCACAAGAUUGUGUCGGAACCAUGCCUGUCCAGUUCAGCAAGUCCUUACUUGUCAAUGACAGUUUUUUCCAGGUACUCUACCGUGCCUGAGAGUUUACAUGAACCUCUCCAGGAUGCCGAGUUCUUGUCCUUUUUACAAUCUACUCUGGAUGAGGAAAAAGGGUGUUCACACCAUUGGAUAAACAGAUCUGGGAAUCUCAAUAGUUCCUUUAAGAAGGACGGAAUCUUCUUAAUUGUUGCUGGUAAAUUCUUUGAAGACUCCCAUUAUUCUGGAACCAACAACUUAAUCAGUCUACAAAAAGUUAAAUUACUUCAGCAGAGAUAUCCCUCUCUCCAAAUUAUUGGUUUCCAGCCUAGUUCCUCAAUAUCUACGAAUGCUGCUGAUAAACACUUACUCUGGAGAAUAAUGGCUGACUUUAUCACAUUUCCAGUUUUACUGUCCAACAAGUAUCACCAUGAGAUGGAAGAUAGUGCCUGCUACUUACUCUUUAAAGGUUUUGGGAGUCCUUCAAUCUAUCAUGAAAAGGAUAUCAAUGCAGGAAAUCUUGAAGAAGCUGUCAAAAGCAUUACCUCAAGCCACGUUGAGAGCUCUAGGGCUGGAAACAAAUUGGAUAGCCCAUGGGCUAAUCCUAUUCAGAUCAUGAAGGAGCCAUAUUAUACUUCUUCCUUGCGGAAUUUGUUUCUUUGCUUCCCAGCUUGUAUUUCUGUUGAUGAAGAUGGGAAGCGCUUGUUCCUUUCUGAUUCUAAUCAUCAUCGGAUCUUCAUCUUGGAUGCCGAUGCUAGAAUUUUGGACGUGAUAGGUUCUUCUCCUGGUUUUGAGGAUUCAGAGUUCGAGAAUUCUAAGUUAAUGCGCCCUGCUGCUUCUUUUUAUCAUCCUUCUGAGGAUUGUUUGUAUUUUGUAGACUCAGAGAACCAUGCCAUAAGAAGAGCUGAUUUGGAGAGGAGGGUUGUGGAGACAAUAUAUCCAACAAAUACUUCCAACAAAGAUGCUAGCUUAUGGAGCUGGGUCCUGGAAAAAUUUGGGAAGAAAAGUGCUGUUGAUGCUAAGUCUGUAGAAUCUCAUUCAGAUUUGUUAUUUCCUUGGCAUCUGCUGAAGUCAUCAAGUAAUGAUCUAUUCAUCCUCAAUCAGAGCUUCAACACUCUAUGGGUGGUGGAUAUGACUUCUGGGGACAUGAAGCAAGUGGUAAAAGGAUUUCAGAGCAUCUUGGAGACAUGUGGACAGAUAAUUAUGGAGAAAUCAUCUGUUAUGAAGCACAUACCUGAUGAUUGGUUGCAGCAAAUGAGUGCAAAUCGCUUUUUGGAUGGAGUUCCUCAUGGUGAUCUGAUUUGUUCAAUAGCCAAACUCAACGGUGAUGUCAUCUUCUGCGACGCAGCGGGUCAGAUGGUAUACAAGCUUAAUGGGGAUUCUGGGGCAGUAUCAAGCUUUCAAUUCUCAAAUUUUGGCAUCCUGGGACUUCCUUAUUGGUUCUCAUUUCCUCUGGAGAAAGUUUGUGCAGAUGAUAAUGUAUUGGCAGAUAUGCACAUUGAUCACGUUGAAGGUUUCUCCUUGUUGCCAGGUAGAGUCAGCAUAUCGGUGAAGGUAGCGAUUCCUGUAGACAUGGAUCUCGUGGAACCACUAAGUCGAAGUUCCGUCUGGUGCCAGGCAAGGGGGACCGCUAUGGAAAUUUCAGGAGUUGAGAGCAAAGCUGAAUUUUCGGAAAAGGUUGGUGUUGCCCAACAGUGGUAUGAUGAAAUUGAUCACCUUCCCUUUACCACCUCAGAGAAAGAAUCUAACGCACUUGUAGAGACUUCAGUUAACAGAGAACUGCAGGAUGGGAGAGGGUGCUUUGACUGUGCUAUUGCUACAAGUCCAGGAACUAGUGAGAUCAUCAUCAUUGCACCACUAUAUUUAAGACUGAAAAGGAAUUCAAGUUUGCAGAAUCAAGCCGAAAAAGCCUCCAGGAUACUAGAUAUCCUGGAUCCACUUCGGAAGUCAACAAGAAAUUCAGUUAUUCAGUUUUUGUUGAGCUCUAAAAGGGAUCUGGAAGAACUAAUAUUUGUUAAGUGUUUGCACUUGAGACUCAAGUUCGAUUCUAGCGGCCAUCCAAAAGCUGACAAUUCGAAGGGUGUUGUUUUGACAGACUCAUCUGUAGAGGUCAAGGUAGCCUUUUGA